AUGAUAAUUGGCUUCUUCAAUGUACUUAAUCUUCAAUUAUUAUUAGUAAUAUCAAUAUUUUUAAUUUAUAUGGCAAAAAUAAAUUUAUCAAUACCAAUUCGAGAUAAACGUGAAAGAUAUUCAAUAUUUGAACAUAAAGAAAAUUUAGGAGAAUUACAGAUGUAUUUGAGUAAAUAUGGAUAUCUUCCACGUUCUGAUUUAGAAACUCGUGCAUUGCGCACUGAUCUUGAAAUACAUUCAGCUAUUAGAAGAUUACAACACUAUGCUGGUAUACCUGUGACGGGAAAAUUGGAUGAAACAACGGUAAAAUUGAUUCGUCGACCAAGAUGUGGUUUGCCAGAUUUUGAUAAUCGUCAUAUACAACGACCACAAUCAUUUGGAAAUCGAAAAAAACGUUAUGUUUUACAAGGUCAAAAAUGGGCAAAAACCUAUCUUACGUACAAUAAUUUAUAA